CUGUAAUGUCUAAUCUGUCAUGCUUUCCUGCGCACUUUGCCGUCUCCCCUGCCUCAACGUGGCCGACAUCGCUUACCAAGCUCUCACCUAAUCCGCUGCCGAAACCUAUUCUUCUCCACCGAUUCUUCCGGAGAUGCCCCUUCUGCGUCUGUGGAUUCCGAUUCAACCCCAAGGUGUUUCGGAAAACUUACUAGGAAUAGAUUCUAACCGCAAAGGCUUUGGGUAGCAAGGAAGGACCCUCCACUCAAUGAAUAGCGAAUACAAAACAACCAGUGACAUCAUUAAGACUUUGAAGGAAAAUGGGUUCGAGUAUACAUGGGGUAAUGUGACAGUGAAGCUGGCUGAAGCAUUUGGAUUCUGUUGGGGAGUUGAGAGGGCUGUUCAAAUUGCUUACGAGGCCAGAAAACAGUUUCCUACUGAGACAAUAUGGCUCACCAAUGAAAUCAUUCACAAUCCUACCGUUUCUAAGAGGCUAGAGGAUAUGAAAGUGCAGAAUCUUCCUCUGGAAGAAGGUUCUAAACAAUUUUUUUUGGUGGGGGAAAAAAAAACAUGUAUCGACAAUGGUGAUGUAUCAUAAUUGCCACUUUUGGAGGCAGCUGGAAAGAUGUUGACUUUGAGGUGAGAAAAAUUUUCGGAUGUUGAUACCCCUUGUCCAUGGGUUUGCAAGGUACUCUUUUUGUAUAUUGUUUGGAAUUCCGUUGAAAAGCACAAGCAAGGAGAUUAUACCUCUGUACUUCAUGGUAAAUACGCCCAUGAGUAAACUGUGGCAACUGCUUCUUUUGCUGGAAAAUAUAUUAUUGUGAAAUAAUGUCAGAGGUCUGCUGAAUAUGUUUGUGACUAUGUUCUUGGUGGUGAACUUAAUGGGUCCAGUUCAACCAAAGAAGCAUUGUUAAGUAGCUGUUUGUUAUCAUGUGAAUUAAUCUUGUUUUCUAAACCUGUAGUUUUCACUAUAUGCAUUGUUAUGAUUUAUUAUGUGGCACAAACAGAAAAAAUUAAAUUUGGUGUCUGUUUCCAAGGGGUUGAUCCAGACAAGAAACUAUUGGAGAGGACUAUGAUGCGCAAAUAUGAGUGUGGAGUAACGUCACGAGCACUCAUUCGGCGCUCAACACCAUUUUGUGAUGUCUACACAGGCCUACUGUGGGCUGUUGAAGAUGCACUCAUCAAGAUUUUUGAGUUGAAACGUAAAGAAGCUAUGCAACUUGUGUAGAGUAGGUCUGCAUACAUACAUUGUCAAUGUAUACAUGAAACGAGGGAUUUAUUUUAUAGGAGUUUUAUAGCCCUAUGUAUUGUUGGAUUUAUUAUCAAUAACAAAAGUUCAAGAGUUCUUAUAAA